AGACAAAUUAUAUGAAGAGAGGCCAAUAUGAAUUCAUGAUUAUGUAUUUAAAUGUUUUAUAGACUUAAGUGGUGGUGGCAUAUUUGAUAAGAAUGGAUUUAAAUAAGGCAAAUGGAUGGAGUUACAUGAAAACUUUGAUAAGUACUUUGGUUAUUUAUCUUUAGUAAUCUGCUGGUUACAUAUUAUGGUGACUAUGAAUUUGGCAAAAAGAUUGGAAGAUGGGACACUUUAUUACUUUAAGUUGAUGAAUCAAUAGACAAUUCUGAUUGGUAAUUAUUAUUGAUAUGUAUAGUUAUUCUGAAUCAUCAAGCUAAAAUGAUAAUUCGGUAGAUGUAUCUAUGAAGUAAACUUUUAUUAUUUUAAGCAAUUCAUUUUAAUAAAAUAAUUUAUAAAAUUAGAAUUAAAUAGAAGAAGUUGAUGAUUAAAAAGAAGGAAUUGACUUCAUUUUAUACUGUCAAAAAGAAUUUAACAUUAUGUAAAUUAAUUUUAAUAUUUAGUGGAGGUGGAUAAUUUGAUAAAGAUUAGAAAAAGCAUGGAUUUUGGAUAGAAAAUUAUUUUGAUAAAUCAUUAAAGUAUUUUUAUAUAUUAAAAGAUUAGUGGAACUAUUGUUAAGGGGAAUUAUAAUUAAGGAAUAAGGGUAGGAGAUUGGAUGUCAUUUUCUUAUAAUAAUCAAAAUAAAAAAAUGUAUUUUUAAUAUAUAAUUUAGUGGAGGUGGAUAUUUUGAUUAGAAUGGAAUCAAGUAAGGUUAAUGGUUAGAAUUGCGUUCAUAUUUCAAAAAGUUUAUUUAUAAAAAGAUUUAAUAGCAACUGUCUUAUCGACUUUGGAGAUUAUAAAGAUGGUAUAAAAAUAGGUAGAUGGGAUAUUGUAUAAUAAAUAGAUAAUACUCCUCAAUAUUCAAUUAUGUAACUUAUAAUGAAUAUUAAAUAGUGGUGGAGGAUUUUACGACUUAAAUGGCCAAAAAUAUGGUGAAUGGAUUGAUAUACAAAAACCUAGUUUGUAAGAUUUAAAUUUAUAUAGCUCUUAUUAUUUAAUAACAAUAUUCAAAGGUGAAUAUAAAAAUGGGAAGAAAUUUGAUAAUUGGGAUAUAAAAUAGAGUUCAAAAUAAUGUGAGAUAUUUAAACCAAUGUAAGAACUUAUUAAAUACAAAGAUGUGGAGGAUAGUUUGAUAUAGAUGGUCAAAAACAAGGUUGGUGGUUAGAAUAUUGUAACAAUUAAAAGUAUUUCUGAACUCUUAUUAUAGAUUCAAAUAAAUAAUAUUUAUUGGAUAAUAUAGAAAUGGAUUAAAAAUUGGUAAAUGGGAGUAGAUGAAUAUAGAUGAAGAUAGCUCUAAUUUUUAAAUCAGGUUUAAAAAAAUACAUAAAAAAUAGAUAUGCAGGAUUAUUUGAUGAGAAUGGAUUGAAGAAUGGAGUAUGGUACUUGAAUUCAAAAAGUUAUCAAAGGUAAUACUAAUUUUAUCUUAUUUUAGUAACACUUACAAAGUAUAAUACAAAAAAGGGUUUAGAAUUAGUGCAUGCAAAAAAAAUUUAUAAUCAAUAUCCUUGUUUUGA